UUCUUUCAAGCAGCGCGUGUGUCGACGCUACCAAAGACCUCGUUGUCAUUGCACAGUCGACGAGGUUGAACCCUUUUCUCUGUUCUUUGUUGUAAGCCCGCGCGCCCUAGAAGAUCCCUUCCUUUGAAUGUCGACUGGCCUUCCCGCUGAUUCACCUCAGAACAAGCAUGGCAGCAACGCUCAUGCAAUCUCCGGUCCACCGUCCCUCCAUGGACCACACGUCGUCGUUUGAUCACGCGCGAUCAUCGCCCUCUGCACCCUUCGCCACCUCGAGCUUUGAGCGUGCCCCCUCGCCCAGCACCAGUAGUAGCAUUCAGGCGCCCCGCUCGCGCACAGGCUCGUCCAACUUGACUUCCCCUAGCCCUUCUUCCUCCGCAGCAGCUCCACCAUCCGCACCAGCACCAUCAUCCCCCUCCGUUCCCCCAGGCGCCGCCUACCCCCAACACUAUCCCAAUUUCCCCUCUCCUCACCAUCACAACCUCCCACAACACUGGCCUCCAGGUCUCGCCCAUCCCGGAGCUGGCUUUUACGCUCCGCCUUUCGCCGCCUUCCCCGGCGCAACGGGGUAUCAACAGCAGCAAACCCCCGACUUUGCUUCUUGGGCUCACGUGUACCAGCAAAUGGUCGCAGGCGGUCACAUGGCAGGUCCCGGAGUCAUGCCCACCCAUCACAACCAGGACGUCGACGACAAUGGACCACCAAUGGCUGACCCUCCACGUCGCCGCACCGCGUCCGGCCCCAACACCCCAGCGAACGCGACCGUCAUUCCUGGUAAGGGCGCCGUCCCGCAGCCUCAGCCUUUCCAUCCCUACAAACGCGGCCCCGCCAACAACCGAGGGCACCGCAGUGACAGCACCGGCGCUAGCAUCAGCAGCAAUGCUGGUGCCGGCAUGAGGUCAACGUCGAACCCAGUCCCUGGUGUGCAAGUGCGAGGCACGCCAUCUCCGUCGGACGAGCACCGCCGCAACCUGAGUGCGGACAGUGCACAGUUGCGCGCUGGAGGCCCCUCUGCUACUGAAGGACCCGAGGACGACUUUGCGCCGCCGAGGCGCCGCAUUAACGAGCGAAGAGACUCUGCCAGCUCCCAAGGAAGUGCACGCUCUGGAUCGGCGUCUCCCACCGCCCAUCAGCAGCAGCAGCAGCAGCAGCAGCAGCAGAAUCCAUCUCGCACCGCCUCGCCUCCGACAACGCACGCGCGCUCGCGCUCGACCUCUGGUUCCUCCAGCCCUCUUACAACCGGUACCAUUGCGACCAACGCCACCAACGCUGCGCGCCCAUCACCCUUGUCCCGGACGGCGCAGCCUCCAGCGGCUGCUGCGCCCGUCGAGCCAAAGAAGAGUUCGGGUGGCAUGGGUAUCAAGGGUCGUUUUAAGCCUUCCCUGGCGGACCCGGCCAAGGACAAGCCCGCGCCUCCAUCUCAGACCCAGUCCGCCCCGUCACGAGCUGAGCAGUCGAGCACCUCUCGUCUCCCCAGAGCCAACGGCAGUGUGCCGCUGGCGCCCCCUUCAGCUCCGUUCGCCAACACGCAGGCCAUGAGCUCUGAUGUCAGUCUCGCCGAGACGCAGCGCACAACGCAGACAAACGCCUCGAUCGCCACGGGCGCGACCGGUGCCACGGGCAAGUCGCGUCGCGGCCUGUUCCGCAUGCGCAACAAGUCGUCGGAUAACAUCUCGCUCUCGUCAACCGUGUCUUCGGCAUCGAUGAUGAUCCGCAAAAUGGGCAGCCUCGGGAAGCUUGCGCGCCGCAACUCUCUCAUGGGCAUCUCAAAGAUCUUUAAGGACAAGCCGAAGGAUGAGGACGCCGCGCUCCCCGAGAAGCAAGGUAUUCUCAGCUUCAAGAAGAAGGGAGGCAAGAAGUCCGAGGCGUCGCCCGCCGCCGUGUCGCAUGCCUAUGCUGAGCUCGACCGCGACCUGAACAGGCUCUCUGAAGAAGACGACCGCAUACUUUCUGGUCUGUCGCCAGCUGCCGCUCUCGCUCGUCAGCACACGGUCAGGUCGCGCGCCGAGCAAGCGAAGAGGGAUGCGGAGAGGAAGGCUGAGCUUGAGCGCGAGGCUGCCCGUCAAAAGCAGCUCGAGGCCAAUGAGAUGGGCGGGCACACUGGUGUAUCGACAUGGGAUUCGAGCACAACAACCAGAACUACCCAUUCCUCAUAUGCUGCCGCAGCCGCAGCUGCGGACGCUGCAUCCGGCCCCAAGGGCCCCACCAACGUGGUCAAGGUGACGCCCCGCUCCCCGAGCGUCGUCCACCACGCCUUCGCUGUCACUCAGCCUGACUACGACAGCGAUGACUCCUCCGAGGGCGACACCGUCGAGAACGUCGCCUCAGAUCUUAGACUCACUUCCCUCUCUGACCCCGCGGACCGCGACUUUGAGGCUCUGUGGGGUAAGGCGAACAUUGAUCCCAACGCGCGGCCCAAGAAGGGCAUUCUCAAAAUCUGCGUGUCGAAUGAGGACCUGGAGAAGCUGGCUAGCCAGCAGCAGAGGCAAACGCAGCAGAAGGCGCAGUCUGCUCCUACCACGCCGCCGGAGCAGCCCGUGGCUCAUCACGGCGGCCCGCUCGACCUGGCGUCGCCGAACCCGGAGCGCAUUGACGGUAACGCCCACGCGCCGCCAGCGGAGGAGCCCAAGUUUGACCUCGACUUCUCGUCAUUCGACACUAGCCCGGACCUUGAUCUCAUGCCUCCUGUCAUCUACAAAAAUCCCGUCCACAGCGGCUCCGCGCCCGGCAUUUCGCGCGGUGAGGGCGUUGAGCCGCAGGCGCGCGCAAUGUCUGCCCCCUCCCGCCGUCGCCUUGUGUGGGCGCCCGAGUGCGCCGUCUACAGCACGUACGACGCGCUCACCUACGACCGCCGCUCUGAACCUGCCACCUGCAACCGCCUCACUCCCGAGUUGGCGAUGGCAAUCAAGCAGGAAUUGAACGCGUUCAAACUCGAGAUGCCCGUCCACCCCUCGUCAAGGAUAUACACGCACUACUUUGCAUGAUCAAUUCGCACUGUUUCAAGUACCGUCAAAGCAUACGCCAUCAGGCUUCUCGAACACUUGGGCUUUCUGCCCUCACAUCUAUCCCACCCCUCGUUUCUGGCCGAUCCUGGUGACCGGCCAUUCUCGCAUCUCAACCCCAUGUGCACUAGGUUUCUGGUUUUCUUUUUCUCGUCUUCUCCUCGAGCGCUCUCCUCUGUCAUAUGUCGUCGUCUGUCUGCAAUCCAAGCAGCAAGCACGCGCCGGGCCGGGCACUAUCAAUC